AAGGUGGACCAGUAUUGCAACAGCAUCUGGGACAUUAUUGGUUCCAGCUGCAUUAAGUAAUCCACUGAUUAAACAAUCGUAACCAGCAUGGGUUCUUGCACGAUCUGAAUAAGGAAACUGGAAUCUGGACACUUUGGCGACACCUUCGCAUUGUCGUCAUGGUCGUGUAAAGGCGUGUGGAGCUAAAUUCUGCCCCCAUCCGCCAAUCGCGUCACCGCGUCUUGACGCAACGGAAUUCCAAUCCACGGAUGUCCGUUUUGCCGUGACAGUAGUGUCCAAGUUGAUAAAUAAAGAUAACGAUGAUUACAUUAAGGUUUAAAAUACACCUUGGAGUCUUAUUGUCCAUCAGCACGUGGCAGGCGUGAAUUGUUAUUGUUCGAUAACAAUUUCGAAUCAAUCUCGUUUGGCAAGGCUUUCCUCAUCCGUUCGAAGGAAGGAAAUACUACACAAAAUCUACUGCUACCUCUCCGGUUCACUACCACUUCCGUGUGUGACCACACUUCUGAACCGCGUGUGGAACCGACCGAAACCUUAACGAGAGCAAUCCACAUAAAGAGUCACCGGAGGUUUUCACCGUAGCUUCGAUGUCUACCGAUGGUACGACCUAGAAAGUGACCAUUAACCGUCAACCACCGAUACCACGAUGACCUUCCAUUGGAGGGUGCUCCCACUACACGUACCAUGGGCAGGUCUCUAGCGAUGGCUUCAAAAUUUCGCAAUUUUCCAAUCGGUGUGAAAACGGUCAAACCACACGUCAUAUAAAUCUGAUCGUUCAUUGAUUUUUCCAAUCAAACUGCGUCGGAUCGGUCACUGCGUCAGAGUGACUUUCGUGUGAAGUGUUUUCUUGUGCAGGUGUGAUUGCUAUCAACAUAUCAUGAAGUUUCUGAUAGCGUUAGUGUCAGUACUGACACUUACCAAUGCUCAACAGCAGCUGAUUGAUCCAUACUUUAACGAAGGUUUUGUACCGUACAACGAUUGGCAACCCAUUACCGGCCCGAAUGUGCCCUAUCCUUAUGCGGGUCCACAGUUCCUACCGGUUCAGCAGUUUCCCUUUGUGCAGCAAGUUCCCAGUGCACAACUACCUCCAGUUGCCGUACCCUUCCCGGCACAGUACCCUCUGCCAAUUGCUCAACCCGGACAGUAUCCUUUCCAGCUGCAACUUCCCGUACCACCACAGCAACAGCAACUGCUUCCAGGUGUAGCACUGCCUCCGUUUAACAACAUGCCACAGCUACCAGCACAGGUUCAGCUCGUACGCCACGGACUUCCGCAUUCGGAUGCGGCUGCCGUUUCGUACUCCUCGCUGCACUAUUCUAACAAUAAUUCGCAACAAACAACGCUCCAGACGCCACCGGUUGUCGGUGUCAAGCAAACGGCCGCCAGCGGCGUAAAUGGCGCAGCAGCCGUCCCAGUAGCACCCAACACAAAGCUGCCAGUGGUGAAGGACAUUGCUACCUUCGGCACGGAGUACGGUACCGGUGCGGACAAGUCUCCUGUCGCGAGGUACGAAGCCAUUAACGCCGGUUCGGUACAUGUUGCACCGCUGCCGGGACACACCGUCGACCAGAAGCUGAUAGCACCUGGUACCACCGAACAGAAGCUGUAAGCUGGACAAGGCUUUAGUGUUUUAUCGUAUCCAUAAAUCGGUUCAUGGUUCCGUCGUUAACGAAAUUAAUCUUGUUGCUCUACUGUAGAAAAAAAAACAAUACAUCGUAAUAAACUUAACAGUAAGAUCAUGA